AUGGAUCCUUUUAACCAGGUGUACGCCGACGCUCAGGCACAACUCAUAGCUACCGAAAAGUUACUGGCGAAAUACCAGAGUGAACCAACAAACAAUCACUUAAUAGACGUCAAUAACUGUGCUCAAGAGCUGGUGGAGACGAUUCAUGACCUUUCACAAAGCAUAGGCGUGGUGCAGCAGACGCCGAGCCAGUUUGGCGUAACCGAGCAUGAAGUUAAUGACCGUAUAUCGAAGGUGGCACUUUUGAAUAAUAAAUUGGCUGAUAUUCAACAGGUGAUUCCUCGUACCAAGGCAGCUGCACAUCCUGACGUCUCCACCUGGAACUCGGGUAAUGGGGACUCUGGUGCUGCCGCUGCUGCUACUGGUCCUGCUGGUGACGCCGCCCCCGCUGCAUCUCCAUAUCAGGGCAACGGAGGAGGAUUGGAGUCGAAUCUUAUGUACCAGGAUAUGAUUCAAGAACAGGACACAGUAUUAGAUUCGGUAUUCACUACUGUAAACUCGCUACGAGAACAGGCAAAUGUAAUGUCGCGAGAAUUAGAAGAUCAGUCUUAUUUAAUUGAGGAUUUUGAUCGCCAGGUAGAUACUGCUGGCGACAGGCUGAGGAGAGGAUUGAAAAAAGUAGACUGGGUAGUGAAAAAUAAUCGAGAGACCUUAAGCUCAUGCUGCAUCACUCUGUUAAUAGUGGUGCUAAUAAUACUGCUAGUGCUUGUUAUAGUACUAUAA